UUCGUCCAAUCGCUGCUGCUCCUGGCGAGACCCGGAAAGGUUUGGAAACACGACAUAGCGGUGAAGAUGUCUUGUAACACCAGUGUCACUCAUCUUCAAACGUCCUCGGUGGGGCAGGCAGAACAAGAACCAGUCCACCUCAUGCCAUGUGAGAUUGAUCACAAUGGGCUGGCCCAGGUUUCACAGUACUUCACUGCUACUACGAAAGAUCGCAAGCAAGAGAAGACGGUUUCAUUCAGAGGGCGCGGGCUGAAGGGGCAGGAGAUCUGCUGUCCACAUGGCUACACAGGCCUGGUGCUGAAAGAGAUCAACAAACCCGGCUCUGACCAAGAGGACAGGACGGUGAGGGUUUCGUCUGUGUUUGACAAGAUGACCUACUGGAACCUGGAGACUCCUCCAACUUCAGACGACGUGGUGGUGAUGGCAAUGGACUGGCCUGAGCUCGCUGAGGCGAUCCACACACCAAUAGAAGAGUGAAGAGACUGAAAACGUCCUGUUUUUAAAAGUGUCUCAUGAGUAUGUUAUAUGUGAAAUGCACAGGUUUCAGGUUAUUUACCAACAAUAGUGAAAAGGCUUUAGAAAUACCCACCACUUUUUUUUUUUGCUUUUCAUAAAUUCUUGUUGUGCUGCUCUUGCGGAGCAAAAAAUGGCAAAAUUAAGAUUAUGAUAUAUAUUUUACAUAUAAAUAAAACAAAAUGCUAAA